AUGCUUCGCCUCGCGCUUACCGCGCCCCUGGCAGCAUUCCGUCCAGCCGCGGCAGCCGCCGCCGCCGCGCCGCACCUGGCCCGCGCCGCGUCAUCCACCCGGUCGUCGGCGGCGGCGACGACGACGUCUGUGCUCGGCAGCCGAAGCGCCGUGGCUCGGGCUCGUCGGCGGGCUGACGAAGCCGACAAGGCCGCCGGCAUUGUGAGCAGACGGUCCGGGCAGGCGCUCGAGUGGUUUGAGGAUAGAAAGCCGAUGCGGCGGCUGGCGGCGGCGGCAGUAAGCUCGUCGACGGCGGCGGUGGCCGGCGGCCGCGAACUGCUGGGCGAUCUGUGGCUGGGAUGUGUCCGGCUCUUCCGCAACGCCCGGCUGACGGCUCGACUCGAGGCGCAGACGGCAGAUGCGGUGCGGAAGCGGUUCUCGCGUCGCCGGAGGCAGCGGUUUGUGGACAAGACGUAUGCCGAUCUCAAGCGGCUCGUGCCGUUCGCCCUCCUCAAGGUCAUGCCCAUGUCGACCGUCACCCUCCCGCUGGCCAUCAAGGCCUUUCCUUCGCUCCUGCCGUCGACCUUUAAGCUCCGCAUCCUCGGCGGAUCGAGCGCCGAGUCGCGGGCGCAAGCGGCGGCCAAGGCGCGGUCGGCGGCGGCGGCCAUGAUCGCCAAGCUGCGGCUCGGCGAGCUCGCCCUCUCAGACCAUGCCUUCCGGGCGCUGACCUCGGAGCAGAUGGCGCCGCUGCGGUAUGUCCGCCGCGGCUCGCCGGUCUCGGCAGACGACAUCAUCGGCAACGAGUCUGUGUUUGUCGAGCACAUGCGCCUGCCGGCCGCCCCGACUCCAGCACUCAAGUCACUGGCUGCAAGGAUGGGCCUGCCCAUGUGGGGCCCACGCUGGGUUGUCUACACCCGCCUCCUCCGCCACUUUAACCACAUCAUCCGCGACUCGGCCCUCAUCCACGCCGAGGGCAUGCAUGCGCUCUCCCACGACGAGCUCAUUGUCGCCGCCCGCGAGCGCGGCCUCCGCAUCGAGGGUCUUACCGAGGCUCACAUCGUUGCUGCCAUCCGCGAGUUUAACAAGCUCGCCGCACACUCGCCGGCUCUUGUCUCUUCGCUGCUGCUCUUUGCCCAUGGCAACUGCAUCACCGAGUUGUGGCUUGCUCCGUCGACCCGGUUGUGAGCGUGCUCAGCUCGAGCCUAGGCGAGAGCUCGAGCUCGGGCUCGACGAGCGGUCCGAGUCGGAGAGGCCGUCGCCAUCAGUAUCGAUGGAGAGAUGCGCCCGUUCGGCGCCAUGGUGCGGGGUGUGGUGCAUGCCGUCGGCGUCUGACGACUGCGAGCGGAGGAAUGUCGACAUGAGGACCUCCUCCUCCUCCUUGCGCUUCUUGACCUCGACUCGCUUGGGGAUGAUGCGGCAGCACCCGUUCCACAGCACGAACAAAGCAAGCAGACCCACAAAGACCACCGCAGCCAUGAGCCCGAUCCAGGUGCCGAGGUACACCU